GAUUCUUCACAGCAUAGGAUUUACGAACGUGCAAGCGUGAUACAUAGACAUGUGAGCGGGCCGGAUAGGAGCUUCCACAGUGAGCUGGCGUGCCGGUCUAGUACCAUGAAACGAGAUAAUGACAAGCAUGAGAAAUUAAUAAUUCCAAAAUCUGAAGAGCCUCCCCCAUCAAGAUCCCCAGAGACUGCUGCGAUGAGGCUCCGCGAUGUCUUGUGUCGAGGACGCACUGACCACCAAUCGCUUACGCGUGAUUCGGGACUAGCGCCCACAACCCAUUACAGUUUCCUGAACAUCUUUUCGACGCGGCCAACCCUCGACGACGACGUACUAACAAGACGACAACCUCCAGGCCGACAAAGUGCGUAUACCCUAGGAAACCGAUCUCACUAAACUAUCAGCAUGCUGAUUGAAUUGCGCAGAUGGUUGCUGCUAAGAAGCACGUCCCGAUCGUGAAGAAGCGCACUGCGCACUUCAAGCGCCACCAGAGCGACCGCUUCAAGUGCGUCGACCCCAGCUGGAGGAAGCCCAAGGGUAUCGACAAUGCCGUGAGGAGGCGGUUCAAGGGCCAGGCUGUUAUGCCCAAGAUCGGCUACGGCUCCAACAAGAAGACCCGCCACAUGAUGCCCUCCGGCCACAAGGCUUUCCUCGUCAACAACAUCCGCGAUGUUGACAUUCUCCUCAUGCACAACCGCACCUACGCCGCCGAGAUCGCCCACGCCGUCUCCGCGCGCAAGAGGGUUGAGAUCGUCGCCAGGGCGAAGCAGCUGGGUGUCAAGGUCACCAACGCCAAGGCCAAGGUUACGACGGAGUCGUAG